AUGGCUGCCAAGGCAAUUGGUAUUGAUUUGGGCACGACCUACUCAUGUGUCGGUGUCUGGCAGAACGACCGUGUUGAGAUCAUUGCCAACGACCAGGGUAACCGAACAACCCCCUCGUAUGUCUCCUUCUCGGACAGCGAGCGGUUGAUCGGCGAUGCUGCGAAGAAUCAGGUCGCGAUGAACCCCCACAACACCGUCUUCGACGCGAAGCGUCUCAUUGGCCGCAAGUUCGCCGAUGCUGAGGUCCAGGCCGACAUCAAGCACUACCCAUUCACUGUCUUCGACAAGGGCAGCAAGCCCUACAUCCGUGUGAACUACCGCGGUGAAGACAAGGAAUUUUCCCCCGAGGAGGUCUCAUCGAUGAUCCUUCUUAAGAUGAAGGAGACCGCAGAGGCGUACCUUGGCACGGUUGUCACGAGCGCCGUGGUCACGGUCCCCGCCUACUUCAACGACUCACAACGUCAGGCGACGAAGGAUGCUGGUACCAUCUCUGGUCUUAACGUCCUUCGUAUCAUUAACGAGCCGACUGCGGCUGCUAUCGCAUACGGUCUCGAUAAGAAGACACAAGGCGAGCGCAACGUCCUGAUCUUCGAUCUGGGUGGAGGAACCUUCGAUGUCUCCCUCCUGACUAUCGAGGAGGGUAUUUUUGAAGUGAAGGCGACCGCUGGAGACACUCACUUGGGUGGUGAGGAUUUCGACAACCGGCUCGUUAAUCACUUCGUCCAGGAAUUCAAGCGCAAGCACAAGAAGGAUCUCUCCUCCAACCCGCGCGCGCUCCGUCGCCUCCGCACUGCGUGCGAGCGGGCUAAGCGCACGCUUUCGUCCGCGACGCAGACCUCAAUAGAGAUCGACUCGCUUUUCGAGGGUAUCGACUUCUAUACCUCACUCACUCGUGCCCGUUUCGAGGAAUUGUGUCAGGACCUCUUCCGGAGCACCCUCGAGCCCGUAGAGAAGGUCUUGCGCGACUCGAAGAUCGACAAGAGUAACGUUCACGAAAUUGUCCUCGUUGGUGGCUCGACCCGUAUUCCGCGCAUCCAGAAGCUCGUGUCUGACUUCUUCAACGGCAAGGAGCCUAACAAGAGCAUCAAUCCCGAUGAGGCCGUUGCCUACGGUGCUGCCGUCCAGGCUGCCAUUCUCUCCGGCGACACAUCGGAGAAGACUCAGGACCUGCUCCUGCUCGAUGUUGCUCCUCUAUCUCUCGGUAUCGAGACUGCGGGUGGUGUCAUGACCGCGCUUAUCAAGCGUAACACGACCGUCCCCACGAAGAAGUCUGAGAUCUUCUCGACCUACUCCGACAACCAGCCUGGUGUGCUCAUUCAGGUCUAUGAGGGUGAGCGUGCCCGUACAAAGGACAACAACCUCCUCGGCAAGUUCGAGCUUUCUGGCAUCCCACCAGCCCCCCGUGGUGUUCCUCAGGUCGAGGUCACCUUCGACAUCGAUGCGAACGGUAUCCUCAACGUGUCUGCGGCAGACAAGACCACCGGAAAGUCGAACCGCAUCACGAUCACCAACGACAAGGGCCGCUUGUCGAAGGAGGAGAUCGAGCGUAUGGUCUCGGAAGCGGAGAAGUACAAGGCCGAGGACGAGGAGGCUGCCGCUCGUAUCACCUCCAAGAAUGCCCUGGAAUCGUAUGCGUACAACCUGCGCAACUCGCUGACCGACGAGAAGCUUGCGAGCAAGUUCGACCCUGCCGACAAGAGCAAGCUCGAGUCGGCCGUCAACGACGCCAUCUCAUGGCUCGAUGCCUCGCAGGAGGCUUCGAAAGAGGAGUACGAGGAGCGCCAAAAGGAGCUCGAGGCGGUCGCCAACCCGAUCAUGCAGAAGCUGUACUCGUCCGCAGGUGGUGCGCCAGGUGACUUCCCUGGCGGUGCACCAGGUGGCUUCCCCGGUGGCGCGCCAGGUGGUUUCCCUGGUGGCGCGCCGGGCGGCGAGGAGGGCCCGAGCGUCGAGGAGGUCGACUAA